AUGCGCAUGCGGCACCGGAAAUCCAAGGCAAACAUUAAAGAGUUCUGCUAGGGGAACUCACCAAUACGCGGUAGCUAUAGCAACAAGGAGUCUUGUUUUUGACUUUCCGAUGUUAUUGUUUUUAAAAAUGUUAAGUUCACCUUGCCAAUAGAAACGUGUUUUGAUUAUUUAAUAUUUACUUUGAUUUUAUUAUGUAUUUGGUGUAAGAACAAUUCCGGAAGUGGAUACCAGUAAACAAAUGGCCGCAGCCUUUGCUGAUCAGGGAUAGGAUGCGAUAGAUCGACAAGAAAAGGAUGAUUUUCCUGUUCAAGUUGAAAGCUUGAUCCUGAUCCAGACUCUUGAUAAGUAUAAUCAGGAAAAGCGUUUUUCUUCUGCACUAAAAGCUGAGAUGGCUGAAAAGAAGUACGACUUAGCUCUAGUCAAUACGCUCUCGGGCAAACCAGUAAAGCAACAAGAAUGGUACAAAGAAAGACUUCAAACAAAGUAUAUUAAAAAGCUGAAACCAGGGGAACGGAUCAACAGUAACAACACUCAGAACUGGCUGUUCAUGAAAGACGGCCUGGACGACUUCCGUGAUGGUCUUCCCCCGGCUGUACAAGGCAGUGACUUUUUGAAGUCAGACAAAGGCCCUGGUCCAACCAUUCAUGGUGAGUUUCUCAAAGGGGACCAGGUCAAACAGCCAGCCGCUCGAAAAAGGCUGAGUCGUUUCCAGACGUAUUACUCACGAUGCACGCCGCAACAGCAGCAAAGAAGGGACUACAUCAACGAAGUGGAGCAGGGUCUCCUGAAGCACCCGUUAGCUUUGUACCCUCAUCUAGAAGAGAGUGUUGCUCCAGAGAGAAAGCUGAUGGUGUAUGAUCGACUGAAAUGUCUUGGGGAUUCGAAGAUCACUGGAGAAAUGCAAAUACGACUGUUUGAAGACAUCGUCGACCUGUUAGACCCACAGUUCAACAUCCAGGACAUGCAAGACACAGACAUGGAUCUGCUGGAGGAAGUGGAAGAAAAAGAGACCUCGGAAACUGCGUCUCAGUCAUCUCUGAGCAGGAGAUCUGGCACAGACUCUGAGGAGAAACAAAGAGCAGAGGACAGGCUGAUCAAAGAAGCAACAGAAGGCGCACCAAUCCGAAACCCCUACCGGUGGCUUCCUCGUAAAGACGUCAAGGAUAAGAAAGAUGGAAAGAAAGCCAAAGAGAAGGAUCAAAAACCGUGGCCCACGUCACCAUCAGAGGAAGAACAUAUUAAAAAGGUUACUCAGGAAUUUUGUGAUUGGGUAGCCGACCUUGGUGGAGAGAGUAACAACAUUGAAGAGUCUACGAUAACGAGUCUGUUCGCCAGUGGCUACGAGACAAAGCCAGCACUGUCGGUGCCCAUCCACGUGGUAGAGCUGACCAACGUGCCCCAGGAGCUGCGACUCUCGGCUGCUGUGCCACCCCCACCCCCUCCCCCCCAGCCAUCGAGUCUAGCAGAGGAGCCGAAAAAGAGGAUCACCGGAGAUUACGAGCCCAGCUGGGUCAAGUUUAAGUACGGCGCCUGGUACCUCAGCCCUCGUACGUGGAAGAAGAUGGACCAGGACGAACCGUUGAUGGACCCCAAGCAUCUCAAGGAUCAGGAAAUGUCGGAAGCGAAGAAAAAGAGCAACGCCCUGAACCAAGAACUGGCGUCCAUGCACGCCUCCAAAGCUUUCUCCGACUUCAUCACGAAGAAGACAGCCAGAAGACCAGAG